AUGUCGACAUGGGGCUGGCAUAAUUUCAGCUUACCAAUCACUCCGAAUCAGACAUCUGUCGAAGGCGUAGACUGGUGGACUCAUGGACGACUUGUGAAUUAUGACCAGGCGAAUCCCGCAGAGGCUGAUAUCUCAAACUGGCUGGUCCAAAAUCCUCAACGGUUAAAUCUGGGUAAUAUCGGUUUCUGGUUUGCUAACGCUAAUGUUACUGAGGGUGACUUGGAGAGGAAGAGUCAAGUUCUUGACCUAUGGAGCGGGGUGAUCACUUCAACAUUUGUGUACAAUGGCAGCCAAGUCCAUGUUGAGGUAUCAGUGGCACCCGAUUCUGACACGGCCAUCAUUAAUGUUGAGUCCGAGCUGCUUAGUUCUGGCUCCUUGGGUUUGUUUUUCGAUUUUCCCUACUCGGAUGUGAACAAAUUUGAUGCACCAUUUGUGGGUAUAUGGAACGCCAGUAGUAAACACUCUACGUAUCUUGAGGUUGUGGAUAGCAAGGCCAUUAUAAAACAUACUCUAGACGACACCAGCUACUGUUUCACAGCAAGAUGGGAAGGGUCAGGACAGAUUUCGGGACCCAAGGAGGGCACACAUCGGUACUUCUUCACGACGCCGGGCUCGACCAGCUUGGGAAUGACAGGGACAUUCUCAGACAAUGACAAUUGUAGCAAAGCUGGAAACAUGAGUGUGCCUUCCGUGGCUGAGCUUGCUGAAAACUCCAAGUCGUGGUGGCAGUCUUAUUGGGAUUCCGGGGCAUUCAUUGAUUUAAGUCCGGUUGAUUCUAUGAAUGCCACUGAACUUCAGCGAAGAAUUAUAUUAUCUCAAUAUCUUUUAGCGAUUAAUUCGGCCGGUGAAUUUCCUCCACAAGAAUCUGGUCUUGUGAAUAAUGGGUGGUACGGGAAAUUUCACCUUGAGAUGGUGUUUUGGCAUCUUAUGCAUUUCGCUCGAUGGAAUCAUUUUGAUCUUCUGUGGCGAAGUAUGCCUGGGAUGUACGAGGAGUUCCUCGAAUCCUCGCGCGAUAGAGCCAAGCUUCAGGGAUACCAGGGCGCCCGCUGGGGCAAAAUGACUGAUCCCACUGGUCGUAGUGCUCCUGGAGAAAUCAACUCUCUUCUGAUUUGGCAGCAACCGCAUCCCAUGUACAUUGCCGAGAUUGAAUACCGAUCAUUCCCCAAUGAAACAACACUUGGAAGAUGGGACGAGGUAUUGUCGGCGACGGCUGACUUUAUGGCAUCUUUUGCGUGGUAUAAUGGCACUACUGGAGUCUAUGACUUAGGUCCCCCAAUGUAUCCCGUCUCCGAGAAUACGAACCCGAACGCGACGAUCAACUCAACUUUCGAAUUGGCAUAUUGGAGGUUUGGUCUUGAUGUAGCUAUGAGCUGGAAAGAGCGCCAGGGACAGUCAAUCCCUGAGAAUUGGAAGAGUGUGCGAGAAAAUCUUGCUCCUCUGCCUAUCGUGAAUGACACGUACGCCGUGUAUGAGGGCAUCCCCAAUAUGUGGACAGACAGCAAAACUCUGUCCGACCACCCGGCAAUGGCCGGUAUUUACGGCUGGCUCCCACCCUCUAGCUCUCCUCCACUCAAUUUAACCAUCAUUAGCAACACCGCCUCCAAAAUUCGCUCGCUCUGGAAGUUUGAAGAUUCCUACGGUUGGGAUUUUGCUCUGCUAGCUAUGAAUUCCUUGCGUCUGGGCGAUGUAGAUCAAGCAAUAGAAUACUUGCUACAUCCGAUCUUCCAAUUUGAUGACGCGGGAUACCCAGUGGGAGGAUCACGUGUACCGACUCCAUAUUUUCCGAAUGCCGGAGGGCUGAUGCUUGCCAUGGCGAUGAUGGCUGGGGGAUGGGAUGAUGAGCCUGGAAUGCAUUUCCCUGAAGGAUGGGAUGUAAGGGUGGAGGGUUUUGUACCAGGAUUGUAG